AUGCGGUGCGCGAGCAAGGCCGCCGAGAGCGCGUCCGCACGUCUCUGUGCGGACGCCGAAGCAGAAACUACAGCAACUGAUGUCUCAUCGGUUGCUGAAGCGACCCAGCCUGUGUCACCUGGUGAUGCAGGCGCUCGUCAUGAAGCCACUCAUGUCUUCACAGAGUACGAGCUCGGUGUCUCAUACUCUCCUGAUACGGAAGACGGAUCCGUAUCGACGGCGAUCGAAACCAAGCCGCCUGCCAAGCGUGGCAUGGAUGAUGCUUUGCGUCGUAGCAUCUUUGGUUCAUCUGACGAAUCAGAUGAACCAUCGCCAAAGCGAAGGCGCUCGAGGUCGCGCGACUCGAGCGCUAACAGUGGUGUCGGUUCUCCUAUGGACACCACUUCGCAACGAGGUGCCAGUCCUUCUGUUGGCACGUCGCAAGAAGAGCGGGACCGCAGUGUGUUGCGUCUCGCUCCCGAGAAGAAGGCAUGGAUGCCUCCAAAAUCCGUCAUGGGUCACUUGUCGGCGACGACAAGUGAUCGCUAUCGAACACGAUUAUUCGAUUCGUUAAGGAUCGAUCACCUUGACCCCAGUGCGAAAGACUAUCGCACUGAACAUGAGUUCUUAUCGAUGCUUUCUUCAAACUUCGAUGGUACAGUGGGAAUUACAAACGUGGUGGUCCCUCACUGCUUCAAGCGUGGAACGCUUACAUCCAUAACCUUGAGGAUGUAG